UGGCAUAAUGAAGACCAUAUCCAGAGGGCUGCGUGGAGAAAGAGAAAACCUUUGGAGAGAGAAGUGGAGGAUAACACAAAAGAUGGAACCCCAGGGAGCUGGUUCAAGAUCACAAUUCCAUAUGGGAGAAAGUAUGACAAGACAUGGCUAAUGAAUUCAAUCCAGAGCCAUUGCAGUGUCCCCUUCACUCCAGUGGAUUUCCACUACGUGAAAGACUGGGCUCGGUUCUUUGUGCAGGAUGCUGGCCCUGCCUCUGCCUUGAGGGAUGUGAGCUACAAGAUUUGUGGCAAGGAGAACCAAAAGAUAUCUAUCAUUGUUGAUCCUUCUGCUGAACCCUACUCUGUGCAGAAUAAGUUGGAACCAGAAGAAAUGGAGCAGCUAAAGCUGGCCAUGAGCAAACGAUAUGAUGUCUCCCAGCAAGCUCUUGACCUCCAAACGCUCCGCUUUGACCCAGACUUGGUGGACCAUGAUAUUGAUAUAAUCCUGAAUCGAAGAAGCUGCAUGGCUGCCACCCUGCAGAUCAUCGAAACGAAUUUCCCCAAGCUGUUGUCCUUGAACUUGUGCAACAACAAACUGUACCAGCUGGAUGGCCUGUCUGACAUUAUACAGAAGGCCCCGACAAUCAAGAUCCUGAACCUCUCCAAAAAUGAG